AUGAGAUCCCGUAGUGGAUCUGGUGUCCGGUUGGACCGCAUCCUCCUCAUGGUUGAGCAGACUAUUAUGAAACACCAGAACGCAGUCACUGCAUUGUUUGCAAAUAAAAAGGAGUUUCCAGGGCAUGCUUGGGUAAGGGAUAAUGUGUACAUAGCUCACUCUCUGUGGGCUCUUUACAGAGCAUACAUGAAGAGUGCGGAGUUCGAUGAAGAUUUGACAAAAGCUAAUGAACUUGGUUUUACCUGUGUCAAAAUGAUGCAGUCUAUAUUAGAAUGUUUGAUGAGACAAGCGGACAAAGUGGAAAUGUUCAAGAAGUACCAAAGACCUAUGGACGCAUUGCAUGCAAAGUACUCAGUAUCUUCAAAAAAUACUGUUUGCGGAGACAACGAAUGGGGUCAUUUACAAAUGGAUGCAACUUCCUUAUUUUUGCUUACGCUAGCACAGAUAACUGCUUCUGGUCUGCAAAUUGUUCGCAACUUUGAUGAAGUCGCUUUUAUACAAAACCUUGUUUAUUACAUAGAAACGGGAUAUAAAACACCGGAUUUUGGUGUAUGGGAGCGUGGUGAUAAAACCAAUCAGGGAAUAAGAGAGUUGAAUGCUAGUUCAAUCGGUCUGGUGAAAGCUGCUCUGCAGGCAUUGAAUGACGUUGGUGAUCUCUUCGGUGAUGGGUCAAAAGCUUCUGUAAUCCAUGUACUCCCAGAUGAGAUUGAGCAGUGUUCUGCUGUUCUAUCAAGUAUGCUUCCCAGGGAGUCGUUCAGUAAAGAAACGGACGCAGCUUUGAUGUCUAUAAUCUCUUAUCCAGCGUUCUCUGUCGAGGACUCCGAGCUCAUUGAAAAGACACGAGAUACGAUAACUUCGAAACUAAUGGGUAAAUACGGGUGUAGACGAUUUCUCAGAGAUGGAUAUAAAACUGUUCUGGAGGAUCCUACGCGUCUGUAUUACAAUAAAUCUGAGUUACAAAGAUUCGAAGACAUUGAGUGUGAAUGGCCUGUCUUUCUAUGCUUUUUAUUGCUUGAUGCUCUGUACUCGAGAAAUCAAGAAGCUAUAGAACAGUAUUGGAAUCAGUUAGAUAAAGUUUUAGUAGUUAACGAUGAAGGGUAUCGCCUAGUGCCUGAAAUGUACAAAGUUGAAAUGGAUAAUGUUUCGCAAGAAAAGAAUGAGAGGGGUUCACAACCAAGAUCUGUUGCGGGAGCUGUACCUUUUCUAUGGGCUCAGUCUCUAUACGUGCUGUGCUCUCUGCUGUACGAAGGCUUUCUCAGUCCAGCAGAAUUAGAUCCUCUUAGUCGUCGUUUGUCCGUUUAUGAAAAAAGACCUCCAUGUGAAGUACAAGUGACAAUAUUAGCUGAGACCAGUGAUGUUCAAAAAGAACUUCUAUCUCACGGCAUCAGUGUGCAAUGUGUUGAUGAGAUUGAUCCAGUGUUCAUAGUUCGACCCGCUUCGACAUUGCAGAAUAUUCUGUCCAAGGUUGGAGUAUCAGAAAAGUUAUGCCUAACUGGUCGUCCAGAAGAUCGAGAUGUUGGGCUACUAAGCACCAGUAAGCUAUACCAAAUAGGGCAGAAGUUCGUUAUUUUCACACCUCAGUUCAUGGAGCGUACACGUUCGCAUUUAAUGUUUGAUAUCCGUAUUUUGAUGGACGAAUGGAGUUCUGAGCUACAGUACAUCUACGCAUCAUGGAAUUCAGUUAGUAUUAGUGGACGACCUUUGGUUGUUCUUGUAGUGAAUCAAAACAUGUUGUCAACAGAUGGGUCAUCUAUUUUCUCAAGUAUAUCUAUGAACAAAUAUAUGAAAAGCACUGUAAUGGGGACAAUCAAAAAAAUCCAUACAGGCUACCUGGGUGGUGCUAGAAUUGUCAUGAAAAACAUAUCAGACUUCUUCCGUACAACAGCCGUCAGUAAAAUGGAAUUCCGUGAGGAUAUUGGCGAUGUCCUCGAGGACAGUGGAAACCAAGUCGCUCAGUUCACUCUGCCUUCGGGAGAAGUAGAUAAGAAAAAUAAUCGAACUCAAUCUGGUGUUUCUCCUCGUACAAUCAAGAGGGGAGAAUCAGUAAAGAAUAGACGCUCAUAUGGAUUAAUUCACAAAGCUUCCAUGAGACAUCGUUCAAUAGUGCUAGACAGUAAUGAUAGCGAUUUGGUGAAAUUGAGAUUAGCCUAUCAAGACAGAGGACGUGAACUAGAUAUGAGUUUAGACGAAAAGUCUUCCUCCAAAGUUCUCACUCGUGAGCCAAGAACCGUUCCGACCAAGCCUACUCGCGAAAGAAGUAGUUCACAACUAAGAAAUGUUUUGACAACUACUACAAGGAAUCGGUUAGAUAGUGAAAGUUCCAUGCCUGAUAUGGCUCAGAUGAAUGAUAUGAAAGCGGACGACCUUCUGGAAAUGUUGCUUGAGACAGUCGUUCUGGAAGAGCAAGCUUCCUUAAUUCAUUGCUUGUGGAUGAAGUUCGGUCCUCUAUACGUCGCGAAGAUACACGAUCAGAGUGUCCCUAUCAAAACUUUGAUGGAAGAAGUUUAUACUAAAGCUUGCGAGGCUCGCGACUGGGCUCUAGUCAGACUGACCGCAGGGUUAUUGAAUAAGCAGUUGGAAGAGCUAGGAAAAUCAGUUACGCAUCUACUUGUUCGACAAAAGCAAGUGACUGUAGGAAUGCCUUCAAAAAAAGAGGAAGCCAUUACAUGUCCAAAAACUAAUGAAGAACUGGCCGACAUCAUGAUUCGAGCGUACGCUGACGAUCCGAACUCUUUCACUCUCAGUCAGGAAAUCAUAGUAUCUCUAGGAUCUCUAGUUCGCACUGAACCAAAACUUUUCAGUGAAAUGUUCCGUCUUAGAAUAGGUCUCAUAAUUCAGGUGUUGGCAUCCGAAUUAGCUCGUAUUCGAUCAUAUUCAGCUGCGGAUGCAGCAGAGAAACUGCUGACUGUCAGUCCUUUUGAACUCAAAUCUAUGAUCUUCUCUUUGCUGAGUGGUCGACUCCUGGAAGAAUACGUCGAGGAAGAAGGAGCAGCAAAAGAAACAAGAACUGGAAUAGGAUCUUUCAGAAGACAGAUAGAAGAGAGAAAGUCGCUAAGAAAAUCUAUGCGAAACUUGAGCGUUCAGCGGCAGACGGUUCAAGAACAGCCUGAAGAAGAACUUGAGGAUGAAAACGCCGGAUUCCAAUUCGGCAUUUGGCUCAGGCAUCGUAUUAUCGAUGGUGCGUUGAAUCGUGUACCUCCAAACUUUUAUGCGGCACUAUGGGAUACUGUUCAUCGAUUGCCUCAUGGCCUGACUAUAGACAGUAGCACUUUACAUUGGGGGUUGACUCAAGAAAUGACCAGAAAAGAAAUUAAGUUCGCUCUACAGGUGGAAGAAACACUUAACAAGAUUGCCGAACCAGAAUAUCGUGAACUGGUCGUUGAAACCAUCUGGCUUCUCGGACAUUUAGAUAAGCUGAUUUGUAGUGCACACCCUCAAAUACCAUCGGACAGACCAUUAGUAGUUCAUAACAUCAUCACCUGCUCGAAUCAGAUUUUCAUUGAGCAUAAUAGACAAAUGGGAACCAUAGUACUGGAAUGCUGUGCUUCUGGAAAGAAAUGUGAUGGAGCAAGGGGAAUCUGCAAGCAUUUUUACGACUCGGCCCCCGCUGGUGAAUAUGGAACGAGUCAUUACAUAAUUAAAGCUCUAAUGCAGCUGUAUACCUAA